AUGUACAAUAAUCUUAAAUUUAUAUCAGGAAGGAAGAUAUUUCCUAUUAUUGAACAUAACAAUUUGUUGACAAAGUGUACUAAUUUUGGUUUAAACAACCUCAUUUCAAACUGUAAAAUAGUAAACAACACACCUAUCAGAUAUUUUAGCACAUAUAUUUCAAAGAAUCCUACUUUGAAGGAUGACUUUGCACAGUCUUACCUUAUAACAAGGGAGGUGCCAGAAUAUACUGGAAGCACAGAUGAGUUGAAUAAAUCCCUUGUUAAUAAACUCGAAGACCUCUCAAAGGACCUGGUAAUAAAGUUGGACUCGAUACCCUUUGAAUUGAAUUACACAGAUUUAUCCUACAAUGUCGUGAGUGUCCCAAACAAUUACCCGUACCAUUCGCACAGCACGGAGGGGUCGAUCAGUUUGCAGAUCACAAACAACGAAUUGUGGACGGAGUCGCAGCGAGAAAACAGAAUUUACGGAAUUGAGAAGAAUAUAUUGUACAGGAAGAUAAAGCCGUCGACGAUGUUACUGUCAGAUAGGUACAUACCGGAAAGGUAUAAGCACAGAUAUAAAAGAGGAGAGGAAGAUAUUGACCAGGGUUAUGCGACAAACUUGUUUGAAAAGAACAUAAUAGGAGUAAUAAGGGAGGUCAACGCAAAGGACGCGAUUAAGUUGAUAAGGUGUGCGUACCUGUUGAAGAUACCAGUGGGCUACGAAAGGAUGUGUUAUCUGUUAUCACUAGUGUUGAGCACCAUUAACACACUGUCGACCAAAGAGAUUGUGGAGUUGGCGGUGUGUGUUAGGUCGUACGUGGACAACGACAACAGCUAUCUGAAAUUUUACCUCCUGGCAAUCGGGUCGAUACUGGAGGACAGGUGUCAGCAGUUGAAGCUGCUCCCGCAGCAGUCGCUGAUAGAUUACAUGCUGCCGCUGGCACUGAUGCAGUUCGGAGAGCAUCCAAUAUCGUGGUCGAUACUGCUUAAUCAUGAGAUACUGGACAAGAUCACGGAGCGCUUCCACAGCCUGGACGAAAAAUACAUGGCGAACCUGCUGGUAAUACUCUCGUCGCUGGAGCAGUGUCCAGACGUGUCAAACAAGUACUACAGAGUGUACGAGUCGCUGGUCAACUGCCUGAAGAACGCGCUGCACGCAGUGGGAUCAAACGGUGAGUUAAGAGCAAUUUUUAAUUUUGAUGCAGAAAUCAUGAACAUGCUGAACAUGCCGAUCCUAUUCCCGAACUUGGAGGUGUUCAGAGAGUCUCUGUUUAAGCAGGUGCUCGAGAGGUCAAAAGAGUUUUCAGUAAACUCGCUGGCAAUGAUAUACCUGAAGCACAAGGAUGAAAUCCCGAAGGAGUACUCGAAUGAUGUUCUGAACAUGCUGAACAAGACGCUGCUGUAUAUAUCGCCGAAGUAUGUGCCAGAUCUGUACUGUUGUUACCUGAAGCGAGGGGAGUUUAACGCGAAGGACAAUAGCAACUACGAGCACUAUUUGAUAAUGAACUAUAAAACACUCUCAAUAAAGAAUAUUUCGAAUGUGCUCAUGUAUUUGAGUAUAAAUGGGAAGAGUAAAUGUACGAUUUACAGUUGGAUAAUUAAGAGGUUCCAGAUGCUGAGACUGGAUAAUAAAGUGAAUAACCAAGAGCUUCUUGAUGUGGUACUAUCAAUGUCACUAGUUGGAAUACAAAACAUAAAUGUGUGGAACAGGUUGAACCUGGGAAACUUGAUAUACCAAACGCCGAAGAACAUACUGGUGUACCUGGGUUACUCGUUCCUAAUCACGAAUUACGGAGAUAGAAAUUCAUGGAAGGUACUGCUUGAAAGAAUACUCCUGGAGAACAAACACUUUAAUCCGGAGACGUAUGAAGUAAUAAAGGCGGCACAAUUGCUGGAAUAUAUUCCAACAAACACGUAUAACCCAAGGCUGUAUUAUUUGCUUAACCAAUGUAGAAGUUUGUACAUCACAAAGCUGGCAAGACAGAGACACACAUCACCAGUGCCAUAUGAAAAGAUGUUUGAUAAAAUGGCAAUUAAGUAUAAAAAACGCGUAAUAUUGAAUGACUUGUACGAAGCAUACUACGUACUGCCUGAAUUCAACAUCAUACUUGACAUAACGAAGGACCCAAUUAAGCAUCCAACCUCGGGGACGGUAGUGGGAGAAGCAGUGCUGAGGCAUCAUGUGUGGAACAAGAUGAACUACAGAACGUUUACGUUCGACGACGCGUUUUGGGACGAAUUUAAAAGGGAAGACGAAAAGGGAGUAGUGUGGAACAUUGACAAGAUGGUAGUGUCCUUUUCGAAAUUCACGAGGCUGUAUCACCUGAAGAACAGAACAGUUGAGAGAAGAUCCCCUAUACUGCAAACGAAGGGGCGCGACGACAGGGGAAACGCAGUACUGAGAACCCUCAGGAACGCAAUGAACACGAAGAACACAAGUGAGCGCUCGAGUAGGAUUAAGAGGCUGCAGAGUAUACUUUACCAAAAGUCCUCAGAUUAA